GUUUCAGAGUGCACAGCCCCUCUGCUCCCCAGAGAGAGCCAGCGCCCGCACCUGCCUACUCAGCCCCUCACGGAGAUGCGUCCCGCAGCCUGGCUGCCCUGGUCUUGCCUCCUGCUCCUGGCCCCUGGGGCCCAGCCCUGCCCCGAGGGCUGUGAUUGCAUCGGCCAGGAGGUGUUCUGUUCAGAUGAGGCGCUGCCCGCUGUGCCCCAGGACAUCCCACCCCACACCAGCAGCAUCCUUUUCCUGGAGACCUCCUUCUCCAGGGUGGGCACCAGGGCCUUUGGUGGCAGCCCCAACCUCACCAAGGUGGUCUUCCUCAGCACCCAGCUCGCCCAUUUCGGGCCGGAAGCCUUUGGGGGGCUGCCCAGGCUGGAGGACCUGGAAAUCACAGGCAGUGCCUUCUCCAGCCUCAGCCCUUGCACUUUCUCUGGCCUGAGCUCCCUGGGCAAGCUCACCCUCAACUUCAACCAGCUGGAGGCUCUGCCCGAAGACCUCUUCCAGCACAUGCCCGACCUGGACUCACUCCAGCUGCAGGGCAACCGGCUCCAGACGCUGCCCGCAAGGCUCUUCCAGCCGCUGGGACGUCUGACGACCCUGAACCUGGCUCAGAACCUGCUGGCGCAGCUCUCGGAGGAGCUCUUCCACCCGCUGCUCGGCCUGCAGAGCCUGCGGCUCAGCGACAACGCUCUGGCCGGCCUCCCCGCCGGCGUGUUCGGCCGCCUGGGCCGCCUGCGGGAGCUCUUCCUGGACGGCAACGCCCUCUCCCGGCUGCCCGCCGAGCUGUUCGCGCCGCUGCGGCGCCUGGAGAAGCUCUGGCUGCAGAGGAACGCCAUCGAACACCUGCCGCUGUCCAUCUUCGCCUCUCUGGGCAACCUGACCUUCCUGAGCCUGCAGGGCAACACGCUGCGGACACUGCCCGCCGGCCUCUUCGCUCAGACCCCGGGCCUGGCCUCGCUGUCCCUGUCGCACAACCACCUGGAGACCAUCGCCGAGGGCGCCUUUGCCAACCUGUCCAGCCUCCGCUCCCUGACGCUCUCACACAACGCCCUCACCCACCUCCCGGCCGGUGUCUUCGGGGGCCUGGAGGAGCUGGCCCGGCUCUACCUGGGCAGCAACAACCUGACGGCCCUGCAGCCGGCCCUCUUCCACAACCUGUCCCGGCUGGAGCUGCUCAGCCUCUCCAGGAACCUUCUGACCACGCUCCCGGAGGGCAUCUUUGACACCAACUACCACCUCUUCAACCUCGCCCUGCACGGCAACCCCUGGCACUGCGACUGCCACCUGGCCUACCUCUUCAGCUGGCUGCACCAGUACAGUGACCGGCUCUUCAACAUCCAGACCUACUGCGCCGGCCCUGCCUACUUGAAGGGCCAGGUGCUGCCCGCCCUGGAGGAACAGCAGCUAGUGUGCCCUGUUGCCAGGGACCGUCUGGGCUUCCAGGGCCCCGGCCUGGACGAGCAGGAGCUGGGUGGGCCCUGGGAUCUGGCGGCGGAGGACAGGGUGGCGUGGGGCCGGAGCCGCUGCACCUACAGCAAUCCGGAGGGCACUGUGGUGCUGGCCUGUGACGAGGCCCGGUGCCGCUGGCUGAACAUGCAGCUCUCCUCUCGGGAGGACUCGGGCACUCUGGGGCUGGCAUACAAUACCAGUCAGGCGUGGGAUCUGAGGUCGAGCUGUGGCACCAUGCGGGUCACUGUGUCCAUUGAGGAGGGGCCAGGGGACCCCUAGGUACAGGAGCUAGAGACCUGGAAAGAAGGGGUUGGGUCCAAGAGACAUUGAGACCCAUUUUUCAGAUGCAAGGUCACGGCUCCAAAGGGGAGGAGGUGAGUGAGAUGGAGCCUCCAUCCCCAGUCUCCUCCUCUUCCUCCUUCCCUCCCUCCCCUUCUCUGACUUCCCAGACAGUGCCUAGGGGAGUCUGAGACUGCUUAGAAGACACCCCUUCAAGCCAUAUCUCUGGAGAAUAAAGCAACAUCUGGACCCCCA